CCUCUUGGAGUAGGGCUUCGGUCUCUCAUUGACACUCUUCUCCACAUAAAGAGGGUAGCAGACUUUGCAUCUCUGCCCCCCUUUUCUCCUUGCUUAGCUCCUUCAUCUGCCACUCUUCUCUCUCCUUUCUCCUUUAUCAAAGCUUAAGGGGAGGUGAGUAUAUGAUGGGAGAGAGAAUCCCACCAGGGAGUUACUUUCAGUACUCGCCUUCUGGCGUUCCUGCUUCUCCUCACAGACCUUCUUCUCUUCCUACAGAUCGUGAAAGGUAUUUAGCUGAAUUAUUGGCAGAGAAACAGAAGUUGGUACCAUUUACUCAAGUUCUGCCUCUAUGCACCAGGCUUCUUAAUCAAGAGAUAAGAAGGGUAUCGGGUGUUAAUCCCAGUUUUAUGGAUCAUGAGAGAUUUGAACAUGAUAGUCCUUUUAGGUCACUUGGCCAACAUCCCAAUGGGAGACAGAUGGACUUGGAGGGAUGGUCUGUAAUGCAAACAGAGGAAAAUGGGCAUCUGCAACGAGUUGUUCCAAUUCAAGCUGCAUCAAUGGGUUGGCCUGGUUUGCCUGGAGUCCCUACAACACCAAUUGUAAAGCGAGUUGUUAGACUUGAUGUACCUGUGGAUAAAUAUCCAAGUUAUAAUUUUGUUGGCCGAAUAUUAGGACCACGAGGAAACUCCUUGAAGAGAGUUGAAGCCGUGACUGAGUGUAGGGUGUACAUAAGAGGCAAAGGAUCUGUCAAGGAUUCUGUAAAGGAAGAGAAACUAAAGGAUAAGCCUGGAUAUGAGCACCUUAACGAGCCACUGCAUGUGUUGGUGGAGGCUGAAUUUCCUGAGGAUAUGAUAAAUUCUCGUUUGGACUAUGCUGUUGCAAUACUAGAGAACCUUCUGAAGCCUGUGGAUGAAUCCUUGGAUAACUAUAAAAAACAACAGCUUAGGGAGUUGGCUUUGCUAAAUGGUACAUUGAGAGAAGAGAGCCCAAGAAUGAGCCCGAGUAUGAGCCCAAGUAUGUCGCCUUUUAACAGUACAGGAAUGAAACGAGCCAAGACAGGAAUAUGACCUUAUACAUUGACGAUGAAUCUUUGUUUGUUGCCGGUUCACUGCAUCCGGUUAAAUGAAAAUCCUGAUGGCUUUGUGACGGAUUAAUUUCACCAUAACUUAGGGAGGUUGAGUCAGGAAGAGAUAGUCAAACUCCUGUCAGUUUUUGGCCAUAAUGGUUUUGCAUCUCGGUUAUCAUCUUCUUCAUUGGUUCCUGUUCUUUCAUGUAUCAUUCCCCAUAAGGUUUACUUCCCUACUUCAUUAGUUAAAAAAUAACCUAUUCCCUAAUUACUUUAGCCGUGCUCUUUCUGCUUCUGGGUCUCGUAACCUUGUACUCGAAGAUUCUUUGCACUGACAAUCUUCCAAUAUUUUAUGCAUAUCUCUAUAUAUGCAUGCCCUUGAUUAUAAGAUACGAUUGGUCAUUGUAUUGUAUUUUGACUUAAUAAUAAGUAUUUUCUCUCUUAUCUUGUUUA